UAACGUGUAACUCCGAGAUCGUCGUAUGUGUCGUCGUUGUCGUAAAAGUCGUUGAUCAUAGUAUCGUUUCGGGAGCGUGUGCGCCCCAAAACAGGACUCCCUUCCCUUUUUCAGUCCCGCAUUGAGAGUAGUCGUUGGUGGAGAGGUGGAACGAAAGUGAUUGUCGUGUCCCCCGUGGGAGAAUAGUUUAGUUUGGGGGGCAGUUUGUGAAAUUGAAGUGGCUGGUAGAACCUGGCUCAACCAAGUGCAGUGCUAGUCGUAGUUCGGAGUCGUUCAGCCACUACCAUUGGAUUACUUGUGGCGGCUAAAGCAGCAGACAGCAGUCAAUCAGUGGCAGUUUGAGAAGAAAGAAGCAAAUAGUGUGUGAAGCAAUCAUGAUUGGAUUCAAAUUGCUCUCCGUGGCAUGCUGGAUAGGUGUCGUGUUGGCCCAGCAGGACUACCAGCAGCAGCAGGAGUAUCACCGGCCUGCCCCACUCAGGAUCGGCACCAACGCGGUCGAAACCAAACCCACCCCCAUUCCAAUCCUCAAACAGAUCAACAGACACAACGAAGACGGUUCGUACACCUACGGCUACGAGGGUGCGGACGGAUCGUUCAAGAUCGAGACCAAGCUUGCGACCGGUGAAGUCAAGGGCAAGUACGGUUACGUUGACGAGAGCGGAAAAGUGAAGGUCGUCGAGUAUGGCGCCAACAAGUACGGCUUCCAGCCCUCGGGUGAAGGCAUCACCGUUCCUCCACCGACGCUAGUGGAUGAAACCACCGGCAAGGACUCUCUGCUGGACUACGAGGACAACAUUCCUGCUCCGCGACCACAGAAACUUCGGCCAUCGAAGCCACGCCACCAGGAAGUUCAUCAGCCACGUCCUCAGCCCCAGCCGCAACCUCAGUACUAUGACUAUGAGGAAGAACAGCAGCAGCCUCAGCAACCGCAGCAAUAUCAGCAGCCCCAGCAGCAUCACCAUGUGCCGCAGCCACAACCGCAGCCCAAAUACGUCCAGCAACAUCAACACCAGCAGCUGCCACAGCCUCAGCAGGCCCACUACGUUCAGAACUCGCACUUUGGAGGUGCCAUCCCGAAUGCUGCCCCCGUUGACGUGAUCUACUCGCCAAAGCAGGGUCCAGCCCGGCCCGAGCCAAACUUUGACAACACCCGGCCGCAAACCUUCCCGAACGCAGCCCCUGCACCGCCGCAGCCAAAGAUUCGCUUCUCUGCGCCAGCUUUUGCCGGCGCCGCUCCGGCCCCACUGCCAAAGUCCAAUCCUAUUCCACAGCCAGCUUAUGCACCUCAGCCACGGCCUGUUGCCCCUGCACCUGCCAUCUAUCAGCCUCGCCCGGCUCAGGGUCGUAGCACCAGCGUGUUGGACCAGCUAGCCAAGGAUUAUGCACUGCCGCAGGGAGGGUCCGCUCCACUGCACGACAUUACCUUCGGGUAUUACUGAAAGGGCGAUGAUGACAAAGAGAACUGCACUUCAAAGCCAUGAUAUUGCGCCAUCCGGAGAUCUUCAUCCACGCAGGAAGAUUCGCUUUGUUGGAAAAGAAGGAAUUGGUCGAUUCAAGAGACGUUGAUUAAUAACUGAACUGAUUAAAUCUAGUUUUAAUAAAACAUGAGUUUGAA